AUAGAGUACUAAUUGCCAAAACAACAACUAGUACACCUUGACUGUCUUAUCAGUUCUUGGUUACCUCUUCUUCUUUGGGGACCCUUAAAAAUCUUGUUGUUUAUCUUAAAAGUAGACUUGGGGUUACCACAAAUUCUCCAAUACUGUUUGAAUUCAAGAAAAAUCUCUAUGUUAUUACAUAUUUUCUUGUUCAGAAACUUUGCCAAUGACAAAAAAAGUUAGCUUUUUUUUUUUUUAGUGAUGGAAAUAAGCAAACCAAGUCCAAGAAUCUCUGUUUGGUCAUCACCAACUAACCGUCCACCUGGUUUACUUCUUUAACAACAAUAAGCUGUGUACAUUAGUGUUUUUUUGCUACAAAAAAAGAUGGAAUUUUUCAAUUCUUUUGAUGGAUUUAAUGAGGACUAUAUGGGGUUUCAAGGUAUAAUGGGAAAUGGUUCAACUUCAUCUUCAUCAUUGAUUUUGGAUAAUGAAAGAGGAGAGCUUGUUAAGGCUUUGGUUAAACCAGGACAAAAAGGGGUUAAUCCUGAAAAAGCAUUGAUUGCAUUGAAGAAUCAUAGUGAAGCUGAAAGGAGGCGGAGAGAGAGAAUUAAUGGUCAUUUGGGUACUCUUAGGAACCUUAUACCUGGUACUAAUAAGACGGACAAGGCCGCUUUACUUGCCAAAGUCAUCGGCCACAUAAAAGAAUUGAGAGUGAAUGCAGCAGAAGCUACCAAAGGUGUUCUAGUUCCAACAGACAUCGAUGAAGUAAAAGUUGAACAACAAGCAGAGGGAUCUGACGGAGCCACUUAUUCUGUCAAGGCAUCUUUGUGCUGUGACUACAAGCACGAGCUUAUUUCUGAUCUACGACAAGCUCUGGAUACUCUCCCCCUAAAAACUCUAAGGGCAGAGAUUGCUACAUUGGGGAGCAGAAUGGUUAGCGUUUUCGUGGUUACUGAGGGCAAUGAAGGGAAUAUUGAGGAUACUGAAAGGUGCCAGCUUCUUGUAACUUCUGUUCGUCAGGCUUUGAGGUCAGUGCUUGAUAAAUUUUAUGCAUCUGAGGAGUUCUCUUCGAGAAGUACCUUAUCAAGCAAGAGACGAAGAGUUUCACUUCUCAAUUCUUCGAGCUCAUCUUCUUUAGGGGAUUUCUGGUGAAUAAUGUGUCUUAUUUACUGCUUUUCUUUACCAACUUUAUAAUGAUGUAGUGAUCACAGGUUGACGGCAUAUGUAUUAGCAUACAUAUCCUCUAUGAUAAAAUGGAUGUGCAUGCUACUACAUAUGCCUGCCUUUGUAAAUAGGAAUUGUGUUGCACUGAGUUGCAACCAGUAAAAAUAUAAGAAAAUUAUUGUGAUGUAAUCCAUGAUUAUAGUUCCUUGUCUUUUCUGACGUUGCUGGCCAGAAAAUUUAUAUACAAAUGUUGCACAUUCCUUUAAAGAAACAAAUUGCGCAUGUGUAUUGCCAUGAGACAUUUUCUUUUUUGUUUGUUGUAAAUUAUUCAACCUUACUUAUAUUACUACUACUAAAUUUGUAUGA